CUUGGAUUUCUUCAUCGGCCAACAUCUCAUAGCAUUCUUCUGAUUGAAGGAGAUGAUCAUGGAGAUAUAUUUUCAAGUGUUGACAUGACUCAGGGCGGAUCCGCUACUGUGACAGUCCCAACAGAUAAGACAACUGCAAGUACAACCUCUCCUGAUCAGGGCCAAGCACAGUGCGCGCUGAAGGCCACAUCGGGUUUGAAUCAUGGGUAGCAUAGGCAACAUUGACAAAUAUCGCAUCGGCGUCGAUGUAGGAGGUACGAACACAGACGCCGUACUCAUCUCCCUUUCACCAACCCAAAUCAUUGCCUCUCACAAAGCGCCAACAACGCCAGACGUGACGACGGGCAUCGCAGAAGCAGUCCACGCUGUCGUUUCCGCGAGUAACGUGCCCUUGAGUGCCAUCAGCUGUGUCAUUAUAGGCACGACCCAUUUCGUGAAUGCAGUGGUUCAGCGCUCUCCGUCCCUUCAACGCGUCGGGGUCGUUCGGCUCUGCGGCGGCGGUGAGGAUGGCUUCGGACUCGGAGUACCGCCGUUUGUCGACUUUCCCAAGGACUUGCGUCGACUCAUCGCGACAAAGCCUUUCUUCUGCCAGGGUGGACAUCAGAUCUCUGGCACCGAGAUCUCCCCAAUCGACGAGGUCGAGCUGAGACAUGUGGCCGAGGAACUGGUCAAAGCCGGCAUUUUCAACGUUGUCAUCUCGGGCAUCUACUCGCCUCUGAACUCUGCACAUGAGAUCAAAGCUAGCAAGAUCCUCAUCGACCGAAUGAGUGAGUUGUGUACGGAGUCUGGUCUUCCAAACCGACCUCGAGUCACCUUGUCACAUCUGAUCUCGUCCGUUGGCUUUCUUGCGAGAGAGAACGCCGCGAUCUUAAAUGCAGCACUGAGACCUCUUGCCGAGCGCACAAUAUCCGGAUUCCAGAGAGCCAUGGAGGACAUCUUCCUGGGGGACCCCUGCACGCUUUACCUCACGCAAAACGACGGAAGUGUCCUCAGUGCUCCGGAUGCGAUCGACCUUCCUAUCCGAACAUUCAAUUCAGGGCCGACAAAUUCCAUCCGAGGUGGUGAAUUUCUGUGGCAUGCGGCCAGCAGUGAGGCGAGUGGACUUGAUGGACGCCAAGAUGCCCUUGUGGUCAUCGAUAUUGGAGGAACGACCUCGGAUAGCGGCUUGUUGCUCCCGAAUGGCCUGCCCAGAAUGAGCUCCUUGAUGAGCCUUGUGGGAGGAGUGCGUACCAAUUUCGCAUUGCCCGCCGUGGAGAGUAUCGGUUUAGGAGGCGGAAGCAUUGUAAGGGCCUCAGGAGAGGAUUUGAUGGUUGGUCCCGAAAGUGUCGCUCUGGAACUACCCCAGAAGGCUCGUCUGUUCGGAGGAGAUGUUUUGACAGCUACCGAUAUCGUCGCGGCAUCUGAACUGCACUCGCCCUCCAACGAUAACCCGCUCAAAGGCCUGGGAAACCCUGCGUACUUGAAAGACCUCACGCCUGAGCUGGUCGAAAAGGCCAAGGAUAAGAUGCGACGGAUGGUGGAAGAAGUGGUCGACCGAACCAAGGUCCAGAAGGGGGAUGUGGACGUAUUGAUCGUCGGAGGCGGUGCCAUAUUGAUCGAUACCAACAAACCUCUUGCCGGCGUUCGUGCGGUACGGAAGGUGAAGGGCGGCGAAGUCGCGAACGCAGUGGGCGCCGCCAUAUCCCGGGUAUCUGGUGUGGUGGACACCGUGGCAGACACAUCUCAUCAAACGUUGAAGCAGGCACAGGAUGCCGUGACGAAACUGGCCAUUGAGGCGGCAGUCGAAAAUGGAGCGCAAAGAGAAACGAUCGAGAUUGCCGAGAUAACCAUUCUUCCGAUCCAGUAUGUCGACGCCAAAGCACGAAUACUAAUCAAGGCAGUCGGAGUGCUUGAUGUGGUCAGGACUUCGAAAGGAGGCAAGAUUGGUGCCAGCGACUUGCCAGAAGAGCCUCAGCAGGAUGGUCAUCGAACAGGAUAUAUCGGUGACGAAUUCGUGGAUAUGCCAGAUUCUGUGGAUGUUAGUAGCUAUCAGCCCAAGAUUGUGGAACGGCAGUGGGUGUUAUCCUUGACCGACAUCGAAUGGAUUUCGAAUGGCAACAAGAUUCUAGGCUGUGGAGGUGGCGGAGAACCCUACCAGCAAUACCUCAAGAUCAAGUCAAUCCUGGAGAAGUCGCCAGGUAUUAUGAAGGUGGUCUCAGCGUCAGAUCUUCCAGGUAGUGCCAUGCUCGGCUGGACGGGCUGUCUAGGCAGUCCAGAAGUCAGCAUGGAGCGGAUGGAAGCCAAUGAAUGCAACAAGGCGCAUGACGAGUUGACUCGAGUUAUGGGCUACGCCCCGGUCCAAGGCUUCCUCGCUUUGGAGAUCGGUGGUGCAAAUGGACUCGUCAACCUCGAAGUUGCAGCGGCACACGGAGUGCCAUGCGUCGAUGCCGACUACAUGGGUAGAGCAUACCCCACCGGCUGGCAGACGACGGUCAACGUGUAUGGCAGUCCGAAGGGGGAAGCACUGUUGCCUGCAACCAUCGCGAGCGGAGACGGCUCAUUCAUGACAAUGACCUCCAGCAGAACCGAUAGAUUGGUUGAUAGUGCGCUGCGAGCUGCCUGUGUUGAGAUGGGAUGUCGAGCCGGUCACGCGGGUCCACCGAAGUCCGCCAAAAUAGUCCAAGAACAGGCCAUCCUCAACACGGUAUCCUUAGCCUGGUGGAUAGGUAGGGCGAUCGCGCUAGAAAGGAACAUCACAGACAGGGCCAAAAGAAUUGUCGAGGCAGUCGGUGGUUCUGAGAGCGCAAAAAUCCUGGCCGAGGGCAAAAUCACCAGUGUGGAACGUGUGCUCAAGACCGGCCACACAUACGGAGUCGUCGAAGUGGAUGGCACCCUAAGCGACGGGUCCAAGUCGACAGUCAGGGUUCCUUUCAAGAACGAAAACGCUUUUGUCGAGGCGACGGACUCAGAUGGCAAAGUGUCGGUGCUGGCGGCGGUGCCAGAUCUGAUAGUCGUGCUCGACGCAGAGACCGGCUGCGGCUUAUUGACGCCCGAAUUCAAAUAUGGCUUGAGAGUCAUAAUAAUGGCCAUCUCAGCAUCCCCUCGGUGGACGGAUACUCCCAGAGGUUUGGAGCUGGGUGGUCCAGGUUCGAUGGGAUUUCACGAAAUCAAGUACGUGCCCAUUGGGAAGUACACCAAGCCUCGAAGUGUCAUUGAAGCAUAUUCAUAGAAUUCGCGUUGUGAGAAAUGAUGGGACGCCAGUACGCGUUGAGUAGGGAAUCCUUCCUAUGGCUGUUUGAGCCUUGAACGUAAGGCGGAUCGGAUGUCAUACACUUCCCACCAGCAUGGUUAAGAUGGCCCCUGGUAGCGAAGACUUGAGGCCUACGGUACCUGGAAAGAUCAGGAGGCGCGGGAUCCAACCCUGCCUGCUAUCAUGCUGAUCUGGCCAGACAAGCCUCGUGGCGCACGCCGGCUAUGGAGGCUGAUGGAGGCUGAUGGAGGCUAUCGCGGGCUAUGUACGAGUACCAUGCUGAACGAUUUGCUGCAACCAACAUUCGUCCUCGCCAAAUCGAAAAGGUGGAUUGUCCCAACAGGCUGUUAUGGUGCAAAAAUCAAUGAACGAUCCUACCAAAUAAUCAUCAUUCUUCCCUUUCGGCGCACACUGCUGCAGACGUUGGAGGAGUCAGCCCUCCAUUGAUCGG